AUGUCUCCAAACAUGACUUGUGAAGCUCUCCAAGCUUUUUCUCCACGACCAUCUGUGGCCAAAAGAAAACAGGCCCUUGAGAUCAGAAAGACUAUGAAACCUUUGAUGGAAAAAAGAAGGCGCGCCCGUAUCAACGACAGCCUGAACCACCUGAAAAACCUCAUCCUCCCCCUCACAGGCAGAGAUAAGACUCGUUAUUCCAAGCUUGAGAAAGCCGACAUCCUUGAAAUGACUGUGAGGUUCCUCAGUGACACCCCCCCUGUUAACACCAAAGAUUCCACAGACAGUUACAGAGAAGGUUUCAAAGCCUGCCUCCAGCGCGUUUCAACCCUGCUUCCCAAAACGAGCCUGGAUCAAGACGCGUGCCAGCGGGUGAACUGCUUCGUUCAGCAGUCCAUGUCCGCCACCGUCAGCCCAACCUGCCUGAACUGUUGCGCUCAGAGCUCCAAGAGCCUCCCUCAGAUCCAACAGAGACUCCUGAGCCUCAAAUCCAGCUUCAGCUCCAGACUGGAGAGUCAGUCCCGCGGCAGCAGCAGCGCAGUGGCUCCCAGCCGCGCACUGCCAGGUCCACAGUCUGUCAGCGCUGCCAUGUGGAGACCUUGGUAGAUCUCUCAACUUCAAGAAGCCGGGUCUCACCAAAGCCUGGAAAAGACUAAAAUAAUUCAUAUGUAGGUAAC